AAAAAAACAAAAAAACAAAAAAAAAAGAAGGAAAAAUAGGAUCUAAUCGUUUCGUGUUUUUUUUUUUAGGUUUCAUCGCCAUACAGAUUUUACCCACGGAGGUUCCAAGAGCGCCAUUUUCUUUUGUCCUUUUACCUAUCUUUUUAUAUAAACCCGAUACUGGCGAUCUCGUUUACCUCUUCUUCUUCCAAAUUCUUGAUUCAAAGAUUAUCAUCUAGAGUUCCUUUCAUGGCUACUGCUACUGGAUCCGCUAUCACUUGUGUCGGAAGAACAAUUUCGACUCAAUCUGAAUCUCGAAAGAUCCUUAACUUUCCUCACUUCACUCCCAUUUCUUCGAUUCGAUCUUUUCCUGCUUUACAAUGUAGAUCAAUUAAUUAUUCUUCUUCAUCAAGUGGAGUAAGAACUCAAGCUACUGCAGCGGUUGAAGCAGCGACUGUGGAAGUGGCUAAAGAUGUAGAAUCUCCAGUGGUUAUUGUUACUGGAGCUUCUAGAGGCAUUGGGAAGGCUAUUGCUUUGUCCUUGGGUAAAGCUGGUUGUAAGGUCCUUGUCAAUUACGCAAGGUCUUCAAAAGAAGCUGAAGAAGUUUCAAAAGAGAUUGAAGCUUGUGGGGGUCAAGCUCUUACUUUUGGGGGAGACGUUUCAAAAGAAGAAGAUGUCAAUGCUAUGAUUAAAACUGCAGUUGAUGCAUGGGGAACAGUGGAUGUCUUGGUUAAUAAUGCAGGAAUUACUCGAGAUGGUUUGUUGAUGAGAAUGAAGAAGUCUCAGUGGCAGGAUGUUAUUGACUUGAAUCUUACAGGUGUAUUUCUGUGUACACAAGCAGCAGCUAAAAUUAUGAUGAAGAAGAAAAAGGGAAGAAUUAUCAACGUAGCAUCCGUUGUUGGCUUGAUUGGCAAUGCUGGACAAGCCAAUUACAGUGCUGCAAAAGCAGGAGUCAUUGGCUUCACCAAGAGUGUUGCUAAGGAAUAUGCUAGCAGGAGUAUCAAUGUAAAUGCUAUCGCCCCAGGGUUCAUUGCGUCUGAUAUGACUGCCAAACUUUCAGAAGAUAUUGAGAAGAAAAUCUUAGAGACAAUUCCCUUGGGACGUUAUGGACAACCAGAAGAAGUUGCUGGUCUAGUGGAAUUUUUGGCUCUUAAUCCUGCUGCUAGUUAUAUUACAGGACAGGUGUUCACAAUAGAUGGAGGUAUGGUGAUGUAAGAAGCUCCAAUACCCCUCUUCCCUCGAUAGCGACUCAAACCUGAAACCUUUUUAGGGACAGAUAUAAACGAACCGUCAAGUUCCACCAAAUGUUACAUGGGACUGGUUAUUUCAAGCCAUGUUUGCGAUUAAGGAAAAUACCAAGUAGAUAACACUGAUGACCAAAUAUCCAAUCUGACUGUCCAUUUGGGGGACCACAUUUGCUUAAAAUUCAGCUGUUUGUCUUCUUUUUUUGCCUUCUCUCUUUUUAGUUACUUAGCCAAACUAAUGAGUUUAAUUGCUGUCAGGUUUUUGUUAAUUGUAAAAACUUGCUGAGUGAUUGGUGCUUGUCUAGUUAUUGUGUCCAAUAUUAUGUCUACUUCAUCA